AUGCUAGCUGCUGUUAGUGCCAAUGACUUUUCAUCGUUUCUAAGCGCAAAUGCUUCACUGGCUGUGGUUGUGGAUCAUGAAUAUAUGGCCAUGCAUGGGCAGAAUAUAAUGGCGCAUUUUGAAAAGAUCUUGAGCGAUAUUGUACGCGAGAAUUUAAAAAACGGCGGCAUUAAUGUGCGCUACUUUAACUGGAAUCCAGUGCGUUUAAAAAAGGACUUCUUGGCGGCCAUAACUGUUACCGACUGUGAAAGCACCUGGAACUUUUAUAAGAGCACACAGGAAACUUCUGUGCUGCUCAUAGCUAUAACCGAUGCGGAUUGCCCACGCUUGCCACUAAACAGGGCUUUAAUGAUUCCCAUGGUAUCCCAAGGCGAUGAGUUUCCUCAGCUUCUGCUUGAUGCUAAGGUGCAAGGCAUAUUAAACUGGAAGUCUGUUGUAGCUUUCGUAGAUCAGUCCAUACUUGAAAAUAAUCCCAUGCUCAUCAAGUCCAUCGUACAUGAGAGCACUACGAAUCACAUACCACCAAUCUCGCUGAUUCUCUACGCGAUUGAUGAAAAGCAGCGUGGCCAACAAAAGCGCAAAGCUCUGCGCGAUGCUUUAGCUCAAUUUGCUCCUACCAAACAUGAACUAAAGCGUCAGCAGUUUUUAGUCGUUUCCAAGUUUCAUGAAGAUAUUAUUGAAAUAGCAGAGACUAUGAGCAUGUUUCAUGUAAACAAUCAAUGGAUAUUCUUUGUGCUGGAAGAAGUGCGUCGUGAUUUUGAUGCCAAUGCGGUAACAAUGAACCUCGAUGAAGGCGCAAACAUAGCAUUUGCCUUAAAUGAAACAAUACCACAUUGUGCGGAUACGCUUAACUGCACCAUAGCUGAGAUUUCCAUGGCGCUGGUAACAUCGCUAUCACGCAUGAUAACUGAAGAGCUGUCCAUUUAUGGCGAAAUUUCUGAUGAAGAAUGGGAAUCUAUACGCUUUACCAAGCAGGAGAAACAAGAUGAGAUACUGCAGUAUAUAAAGGAUUACCUCAAAACAAACAGCAAAUGCGCCAGCUGCUCACGCUGGCGCAUUGAAACGGCCAUUACCUGGGGCAAGAGUCAAGAGAAUGAAAUGUUUCGCAAAGAUCCUGUGCGCGAUUCAAACAAUCGCAACUUUGAGUUUGUUAAUAUCGGUUACUGGAGUCCUUUGCUGGGUUUCAAUUGCCAUGAGCUUACCUUUCCGCAUAUAGAGCAUCAUUUUCGUAAUAUUACCAUGGAUAUUGCCACCGCGCAUAAUCCGCCUUGGCAAAUUAUAACCAAAAACAGUCGUGGCGAAAUAACAGAGCACAAGGGCAUUGUUAUGGAAAUAUUAAAGGAACUCAGUCGCGCUUUGAACUUUUCCUACAAUCUGCAUGAUGUUACGAGUCCAGAGUUCGAGAAUUACAACAACCAAAACUUAAAUGAGAGCGAUGAGUUAGUCGGGUCAUUGACCUACCGCAUACCCUAUCGCAUAGUUGAGCUAGUGCAAAAUAGCAAAUUUUUUAUGGCCGCCGUAGCUGCCACUGUGGAUGAGCCGCACAAGAAGCCUUUCAACUAUACGCAGCCCAUAAGCGUACAGAAGUACACAUUCAUCCUGCGCCAACCGGAUGAGGUUAGUCGCAUUUACCUGUUUACGGCGCCAUUUACUCUAGAAACCUGGGGCUGUCUCUUUGGCAUUAUAACUCUAACUGCGCCAAUGCUUUAUGUUGUAAAUCGCUUGGUGCCUUUGCAAGAGCUGCAAAUACGUGGACUCUGCACCAUUAAAGGCUGCUUUUGGUACAUCUAUGGCGCGCUGCUGCAGCAAGGUGGCAUGUAUCUGCCACGCGCGGACAGCGGCAGAUUGGUUGUGGGCUUCUGGUGGAUAGUUGUCAUAGUGCUGGUGACCACCUACUGCGGUAAUCUGGUCGCUUUUCUUACAUUUCCCAAGUUCCAACCAGGCAUUGACUAUCUUAGCCAACUGUUUAGCCACAAGGAAGUCACACAGUACGGCUUGCGCAAUGGCACCUUCUUUGAGAAAUAUACUGAAACCACCAGCCGCAAUGAUUUCAAGCGUUUCAUGGAGCAAGCUUUGAUAUACAACAGCACGCAGAGCGAGAAUGUAGCCGCGGUUAAGCAUGGCCAGCGCAUCAACAUUGAUUGGCGCAUUAAUUUGCAGUUGAUUGUGCAGCAGCACUUUGAGCUGGAUAAGGAAUGCAGAUUUGCGCUGGGCAAGGAAGACUUUGUGGAUGAGCAGAUUGCCUUGAUUGUGCCCAUGCGCAGCGCCUACUUGCAUUUGAUUAAUCUACACAUAGGACGCAUGUUUCGCAUGGGCUUCAUUGAUCGCUGGCACAAGACCAAUCUGCCCUCGAUGGACAAAUGUAAUGGCAAAAAUGUGCAGCGGCAGAUACAAAAUCACAAGGUCAACAUGGAUGAUAUGCAGGGCUGUUUUAUGGUGUUAAUCCUGGGCAUUGUAGUGGCCGUUUGCGUGGCCUGCAUUGAGUUCUGGUACCACAGUUUUGUUGUUGUAAAGAAAGAGAGCAAGCGCAUCGUCUUUGCCAAUUGA